CGAAGUGAAAACCAGCAACACAAACCCAUAUGGAGAAGCAUCAUAGUUUGAUCUAGGGUUUCAGUUAUCAGCUCAUCUUCUUGUAGUUUGGUUGCGAUAGUAAGUUGGAAAUAAGUCAUCUUCGAAUCAACGGAUUCAUGAUAAAAUCCCUUUUCGAAGAUUGAGUGAUUCGUUCCCCUGCGGAUCAUGGCCUUAUGGCCACGGAGAGAAGUCUUUAAUGGGGAGAACACGGAGUGAAGAUAACAGGUUCUAUUGGAUGAUCAAGGAUUUCUCCACUUUGCGAUCUGAAAUAAUUUAUUCUGAUGAAUUUGUCAUCGGUGGCUGCAAAUGGGGAGACAGGACUAGGAAGUAUAUGUCUCUGUUUCUAGAGGUUGCUGAUUCUAAACAUUUGCCUUGUGGAUGGAGAAGACGGACAAAAAUUUUCCUGGAGGUUGUAAAUCAACGUUCGAAUCAACUCUCAGUACUGAAAAGUAAACCCAAGUGGUUUGAUCAGAAGACUCCCGCCGCUGGUUUUGUAACCAUGAUUCCUCGUUCUAAGCUUUUUGAUGAAGAAGGGUUUAUUGAAAAUGGAGAUGUCAUGAUUGGAGUCACCAUAAUUGUUUACAAAGUUAUUGGCAAAGUGGUAGAGCUCUCUGAAGAAGAGGAAUCUGAGAAUGAUUCUGAAGAGGUGUCUGAGAAGGAUUCAGGGGAGGAAUCUGAAGAAGGAUCUGAAAAGGAAUCAUCUGAAGAGUCAAUCACUCCUCUGAAGAAGACUAAGCUUAAUGAUGAUGGUGAUUUACUCAACGAUACUCGACAAGUGAAGGAAAGCAUUGAUGUAAAUGGUUUUCAAGUUCUUCCUUCACAGGUGGAUUUGGUGAGACGUAUAUUUGAAAAGUACCCAGACAUGGCAUUAGAGUUCCGAGCAAAGAACCAACAUUUAAGAACAGCUUCCAUGAAUGUCCUACUCAGCCUAAUCGAGACACUGUGCCAGUCACCUCAAGAGCUCUCCAAUGAAGAUUUGGUGGAAGGAGAGAGUGCAUUAGCAUACGUGCAAGACGCUGGCUUUAAGGUGGAUUGGUUGGGGGAGAAGCUGGAGGAAAUGAAGGAGAAGAAGAAGGAAGAGCGAAGUGGUGAGACUCAGAUUCAAGAAUUAGAGGAGGAGAUAAAGAACAUUAGGCAGAAAGUGUUGGCCGCUAGAGUUUCUCUGACAUUGGAUGAUUUCUUCUGACGACUUGUGUUCUACUUGUUACAGUCUCUAGGUUCCGAAAUUAGAGUCCUCUUAAAACUUAGGAAGCUAGUGAGACCCAUGAAGGAAUCGCAAGUUUCCACAUUUUUUAAAGAACUAACUUUGUUAGGAAGAGGAGUAGCUAGGAUAUUAAGAAUGUAAACGGAUGAUCAUCGGUAAAGAGUUUUAUUUGAGCUCUCUAUUUUCAGGUUUAUGCUGUCAAGCUUGUAAAGUGAGUCCUUUUUUAUGCGGUUUCUAUUCAUCAAUGGAAACAACAAUCCUGAUAACUUUAACAAGCAAGAAGAGUCUCUCUUUAAUCUU